UUUUCAGGCCUAAUGGCAAACAAUCCUGGAGUUACAUUACUUUUGGAAGUUUUUAAAAAUAUUGAUUUUCAAGCAUUAAGUGACAAAAAUGAAAACCCUCCUCCCGAUUUGGCUUUUAUGCUUUCCUUAGGUACAGGAAAAAGCCCUGAAGUCGCUGUACCAAUACCAGAAUUUUCUCCUGAAUUGGGAUUGCAAGGGAUAAUUCAAACAGUGCAGUCUCUUAAUAAUUUGAAGUCAAUACUUGUUGAACAGUUAUCAACUUCUGACGGUCAAGUGGUGGAAAUAGCUCGUUAUAUGUCGCAUACUCGCCGUGUCCCAUAUUUUCGUCUUACGCCUUCAUUAAAUACAGAUAUUCAACUGGACACUGUGGACAAUACUUUGCUUAUUGAAAUGCUUUGGACUACCAAGGAAUAUAUAAGAGAAAAAUGCUCAACUGACGUCUUGUCUUUGUUGGAACUUUUUUCUGCAUUUAAUAGAAGCAACGAAUAAAU